AUGAGUGAAAAACAUAAUUAUGAAAGUGGGAGUAAUAACAUCUCAUCAAUAACUCCACAAACUUCAAAUUUUCAAACUAUAAAUCCGAUAAAUUCAUUAAAAUAUGAAAAUAAAGAAAAACAAACUGAUUUUAUUUCAAAUGCUGAUAUUGAGAAUAUUUCUGAUUUUGAACAAGAUAAAGUUAAAAGAGGAUUAAAGAGUAGACAUAUUUCAAUGAUUACUUUGGGAGGAACAAUUGAGCUCUCUGUUGUUGGAGAAGUCAUUCAAUUCUGGACAGAUAAAAUUCCUUUGGCAGGUUGGAUAUCAAUCUUCUUUGUUAUAAUUCCAAUCUUUAAUAUGUUCCCAGUUAAGUUCUACGGAGAAUUUGAGUUCUGGCUUGCUUCUAUAAAGGUUAUUGCUGUUUUUGGAUGGAUUAUUUAUGCACUUUGUAUGGUUUGUGGUGCUGGAGUUCAAGGUCCAAUUGGGUUUAGAUAUUGGCGUAAUGGUUAUGGUUGGGGGCCUAGUGACAUGGUUUCGGAUGUAGGAACAUCAAGAUUUUUAGGAUGGGUAUCAUCUUUGAUUAGUGCUGCUUUUACUUUUCAAGGAACAGAAUUAGUAGGUAUUAGUGCCGGAGAAGCUGAUAAUCCAAGAAGAGCAGUGCCACAAGCAAUCAAAAAGGUGUUGUUUAGAGUUUUAAUAUUCUAUGUUUUGAGUAUGUUUUUCUUAGGAUUGUUAGUUCCAUAUAAUGAUCCAAGAUUAGAAGGUGGAUCAUAUACUUCAAAUUCACCAUUUAUCAUUGCAAUGAUUAAUUCCGGAACCCAUGUAUUACCUCAUAUAUUCAAUGCUGUUAUUUUGAGUACGAUCAUAUCAGCUGCUAAUUCAAAUGUUUAUGUUGGUUCAAGAAUUCUUUAUGGUUUAUCUGAAGCAGGAGUAGGACCAAAAUUUUUUAUGAAAGUUAAUCGUGGAGGUGUACCAUAUAUAUCAGUUUUAAUAACAGCUGCUUUUGGUGCUUUAGGUUAUUUAGCAGUUUCAUCAAAUGGUCAAAAUGCAUUUGAUUGGUUAUUGAAUAUUACAGCAGCAGCAGGAUUAAUAUGUUGGGGUUUCAUUUCAGUAACACAUAUUAGAUUUAUGAAAGUUUUAAAAAGAAGAGGUAUAAGUAGGGAUUCAUUACCGUAUAAAGCUUGGUUAAUGCCUUAUGCUGCUAUUUAUGCAUGUUUUUUCAUUUUUUUGAUCACUCUUAUUCAAGGGUAUGCUUCAUUUGUUAAUAGUUUUAGUGUUACUGAUUUUUUCACUGCUUAUAUUUCAGUUAUAUUGUUUGUUGUUUUAUGGAUUGGCUUUCAAAUUUACUUUCAUGGUUUUAGUACAAAAUGGAGUGAUUAUUUAAUUCCUUUAGAUGAUUGUGAUAUUGAUACAGGAGUAAGAGAAAUUGAUGAGUUAGAAUAUGAAUAUAAACCACCAUCUAAUCUAUGGGAAAAAUUUUGGGACGUUGUAGCAUAA